AGAGUAAUGCAACAGAAGGCUUUUGAGGAAAGCAGAUACCCCUGGCAGGAGUCCUUUGAGAAUGUCGCUGUGUGCCUGCCAUUCCGCUGCCCGAGGUGUGGGGACCAUACCAGAUUUAGAAGCCUGUCCUCAUUGAGGGCCCAUCUGGAAUUCAGUCACAGCUACCAGGAAAGAACCCUCUUGACAAAAUGCAGCCUCUUUCCGUCCCUCAAAGACACAGACCUAGUCAGUUCCUCAGAACCCCUGAAACAGGGAAAAUUGCAGAGCUGUGGCAACAUAGUGAAGCAGAAACCGAGCUAUGUUAACUUGUGUAGCAUUUCGCAUGAACACUGCAAGGACAGGAAGCCAUUCGAGGUGGUGGCAGAGAGGCCUGUGUCCUAUGUGCAGACCUACACUACGGUAGACCUACGUGCAGACUCGCUGGAUGGCCCGAGGUCCAGUCCUGGCCUUCCCACCUCAGACACCAAAGCAGCUUUCGAGGCACAUGUCAGAGAAAAAUUCAAUCGGAUGGUCGAGGCCGUGGACAGGACCAUUGAGAAGAGAAUCGAUAAACUCACCAAAGAGCUGGCCCAGAAAACGGCUGAACUGUUGGAAGUUCGGGCAGCUUUUGUGCAGCUGACUCAGAAAAAGCAGGAGGUGCAGAGACGAGAGCGGGCCCUGAAUAGACAGGUGGAUGUGGCCGUGGAGAUGAUCGCAGGGCUGAGGCAACGCCUGACGGAAUCCGAAGAGGAGCUUCUCAGGAAAGAAGAAGAAGUGGUUACAUUCAACCAUUUCCUGGAAGCAGCCGCUGAGAAGGAGGUUCAAGGGAAAGCUCGGCUCCAGGACUUUAUUGAGAAUCUGCUGCACCGGGUAGAACUGGCGGAAAAGCAGUUGGAGUACUAUCACAGCCAGCAGGCCGCUGGCCUCCGCCGGGACACCAGUGAGCACGUGCUUACAGAUAUCUCCUCAAAUAGGAAAUCCAAAUGCCUAAGCCGAGGGCACCCACAUUCUGUGUGUAACCACCCUGAUCUCAAGACCCAUUUCCAUCCAAAGGGAAGGAGCUACCUGAAAAAAGCCAAGGAUGACAGAGCCAGCAUGCAGCCUGCUAAGUCCAUGCACGAACAGGCCGAGUCCCCAAGAGAACUCUGCAGACCAGCAAAAAAAGGGGAGCCUCUAGGAUUUACCCGGAAAGGCAACAUAAGGCCCAAAAUGGCCAAAAAAAAGCCAACAGCGAUUGUGAACAUCAUCUAAAAGGGCACCUGGAUUAAGCAGAAUUUAACAAACGGAAAUCUCG